AUGCUGUUCAGCAUACGACAGGCUCAGAAAGGGGGAAGAGUCUUAGAUGAGGAGUUACUCGGCUCUGCCGUACAAGCUUGUUGGGAACUCUGUGAUAUCUUCCGAGAAGGUUGGUCUCGACGAGGCCUGCGUAAUCCUGAUCGCGGCACGCCCCGGCCAAGCCAGACGACAUACCCCCAGAUUGUUCGGACUAGGGAAAAGGGAUCUUCUGAGGCUCAUCUGAGUGAUAAGGCCUCGCAACAGCAAGGGAAUCCCGAAACACCUACAACCAUCUUCGAGGAUACUGCCGCAGCUUCUCCUGAUGAGGCGCCACUUCAGAACAUCUUUGUUUUAGGACAAGGCCUAGCAACAUGGCGAUCAAACUCUUCAAGCAUUUCCGAACAAACCCAAUCCUCUGGGCAUUCAACGAACACAAUAAAGACUUCCUCCAACGAUCUUAGCUUAGAAAGCCUUAGGAUACUGAUGGCGCAGGCUGCAAUCAACUGCGGGUAUUUACGUGACGGUCCGCAGGGCCUGCCAUCAUUCAUCAAAUCACUUUCUUCAGACGCGUUUGGAUCAAUGUCUUGGCAAUUGUCACUGCUUAAGAAUUACAAGAGGGCUGUUGCAACCGAUCCUUGGUUUCGAGAGAUAGGGCCUCAUGCCCGUGCCAGUGCUGCCGACAUAGCAAAAGCCGCGCAAUCAGCAAUGCAGGCCGGACGAUUUCCUUGGCUCGGGGAUCUUUACCGCUUUGUCUUCGGUUUCCAUUUAGAGGAGGCAAUCGGCCAUAAAGACAUCAUGCUUGAAGUCUAG